AUGUGGAGGAUUGCACUCAUCGGUGGAAUCCUACUGACCGCGGUCACCAAUCUUCUUACACCGCUGCAAGCAAGAAAAUUGGUACACAUUGGUUGCGGUAUCAUACUAGCACACAUUAACGUGCCAGAUCCGCUUCUCAAAGCAAUUAUCAUUGCCGUGGCAGUUGUAUCGAUAAUCGUAUUCAAAACCGUGCCACUUAGAUUCGGCAUCAAGAAUGACGCAGGCAUCAUUUGGUACAAUCUAAUUGUGCUGCUUUUCGUUAUAUUCGGACUUCCCAUUAGGGUGCUUCUGCCGGUGUUCAUCAUCGACCCGGUUGCCUGCAUUGUAGGCGUAUCCACGAGAUCGAAGAAAUGGUGUGGCAAUAAGACGGUGUAUGGAACACUGGCUGCGGGGAUUGCCUCAUACUUUUCCUUGUAUUACGUCCGCAUGCAACAUCACCGACUACUGCUGAGCCUUAUACUUCCCAUUACGGAAGGUGUUAUGCGACAGCACGACAAUAUAGGAAUUAGCAUUGUCGUGCUAUUGUACUACUGCGCCGCCCAACACUUCGGAUGGCCCGUUGAUCUAAGCUUUACGCCUCUUAAGACUGAAGUGUAA